UGAAGUUUAAAAUGUUUUAGGUUUAAUUAUGCAAGUUUAACUGUUUAAUAUAUUCAAAAACUGGAGUUGUAAAGCCUUUUGCAGUACUUCGACUAAUUUCGCUGGAAAUAUUUGUCGGGAUUCGGGAAAUCAGUGAUGGUUUGGAGAUGGUCACAAAUGGUUGCAAACUGCGCAUAGAUUUUUUUGUUAUUUCUGUUGUUUUAUGCCUUCUUUUGAGCCAAUAAGUGUUAUUUUAGUAACAGCUGGUAGCAGAGGAGAGAAAUUAUUGUUUAGGUAUCCAUUUUGUCAAGACAAGUAUGUAGAGGUUACUGCCUGUCAAGAGGAGCAGGUUAUUGGCGAUGAAAGUGAGAAAUCAUCUGAAAACAAGAUUCGGUCCCUUUCUUUUGCCAGGAAAGCAUGUCAAAACUAUUCAGAUAAGACUCUUGCAAACAUAUUGACACCUGGUGAAAAACUUUGUGGAAAGAAAUUUGAGCUUCGAAUUGAUGAUGUUUUGUUUGUUGGCCAUCCUACACUUGUGACACGGCCAACCCAAACUCAGGGAAAUGAUGCACAAACUAAAGCUGCCAGCACCAAUAUCAAAAUGUUCAACAUUGUUUUUGCCCUGCAGGCUGAUGUUGACUCGUCUGUCUGUGAAUGUUAUCAUGAACUCUCUCAGAGGAUCUCGAUUGCAUUGAAACAUGAAGAAUUGAGAUGUGGAUAUUUCAGCACAGAAAGGCAGACAAUGCUUGCGAUACACGAUGAAGUGGCUGAGCUACCCGAAGCAAGUGAGGCGUCACCGUUUCAUAUGAUAUUACCCAAAAGUACCCUGGCAAAAGCUCUGUGCGAUGCCUUUGACAGCGUUUCUCAAAAUGGUACUGUCAAUUUGGAGAUCAAUAAUUGGGUCAGGGUUGGAUUUUGUCUUCCUCAUAAAGUACAUAAUAUCAACUCGGAGAUGAUUGUCAAGCCCGAGGAUGUUCAGGUCUGUCUAGCAGCAAUGAGACCAUAUCACACAGUCUUAAUGCUGGUGGACGAAGUCUCUCUUUCUGCAUCGCUACCUGAUGAUUGCUCUCCAGAUCUCAUAAGAUUUGUCAAAAAUGCAAAACCUUCAAAAAGUUUUCAAGUGUUAUCACAAGACACAGAUAUCCCACUUUCACUCAUAUUUUCAAUUGCUGCUCAUCUUGUUUACUGGGGUAAAGCCAGGAUCAUCUACCGUAUUGUCGAAAAUAACGUCUACGUAGUCUCCCCGGCAGCUUCAAUACAUUUAAAGUCUCAGAUAGCAAAACAGUUUGCUGUGGAAUAUCCAGGCAUGUCCCUUCACGACCAGUUAUCUCAGUUCUCCCUACCAACACCACUUGGGGAGCAAGCAAGUCCCUUCUGGUCACACCAGGAGAAGGCUGAGCAAGUUCAACGAGUAAUUUGGAUGUUAAAGCAUCACCUCCUUAUUCAGCUACACAUGUAUAUUUACUGGAUCAGUGGGAAGUCAAGUGAAAAUUGUUUGGAAAAUGGAACUGAGUUGCCACUAUCUGACUGUGAUCUCCCAAGUCCACGUUCACAGAUGUCUGAUUCAGAAGAUCAAAAGCGUUUUAAAAAAUUAUGUCAUUAUUUUGAUGGAAAUCACCAUUUGGAGGAGAUAAUGUAUUAUGAGGAUUUGCAGAGGAGCGAAGUGCUGACCUUAGUGGAAAAGUUUCGCAACGUUUUGUUCAUCUGUCAGCACGAAGAUCCUGCUACAGUUUAUCACUCAAUAACGGCCUGAUUGUUACAACAGUUGUAGACCCUGCAUGUUCCAGGGGGUGCUAUCUGGACGCCAUCUGGGGCCAGUUGAUCAAAAGCAAGUUAGCUGAACCCUGGGUUAAAACAAAUCUUUACGUUCAUUUAUUUAAUCGCUUGUUUACAAUGUUGAAUAU